UCAACUCAUUCUUACCAACGGGCUGUGAGGUAUUGUGUUAACACCAUGUAUAAUAUUGAACCUACAGUAUGUUGUUCACAGGUAGAGGCGGGAAAAGAGAAGAAGGCCAAGUACCACACCUAUCAGCGAGUGGCUCUGGUUCUGGCUCUGGUCUUCCUCGUUCUGGCUCUGUGUGUUUUCAGCCUGAGAUAUCUGUGGAGCCCAAGUCUGGGGAAGGUGUAUGACCACCAGUACAAGGCUGUGUUGGAUGGCGUAGAGACGGACGGUUUGCUGGAGAUCGACCCCGGUCAGCGCAUUGAGAUCUUCAGAAUGGGAAAUGGGAGUGAGGAGGUACUUGAAGUGCACGACUUCAAAAAUGGAAUCACUGGGAUCCGGUUUGCCGAACAUCAGAGGUGCUACAUCAGGACCCAAACUAGGAAGCUACCCACAGUGGCAGAGGUGGAGGCUGAGGACACAGAGUUACUGGUGGGUGAGACUGAGGCCAUGGAUAUGAAGAUGGAGGACUCCCAAGUGUGGGUUCCUGCCGAGGAGCCCAUCGUUAACCCAGCUUUCCUCUUCGACUCCAAGAUCUGGGAGAUUUGCCAGGAGCUGCCCAUCCACUGGAUCCAUCCCUCCCCUCUGAGCGAUGCCGAGGUGGGAAAUGAGGACACGCCCGACGCGGAGGCCACGGGUCAGCGUUUCACCCGAGAUGUCCUGGACCACCAGCCCGUAAACGACUAUAGAGACGUUGGAAUUGAGCUGGAUAACCGUCUGGAUGACCACGGCUACUGCUGCCAGCACUGUCGCCGUGGUUACCGCUACUGCCGCCGCUACCACGAGCCCCUGGGUGGCUUCAACCCGUGGCCAUACUACUACCAAGGAGGCCGGGUCAUCUGUCAGGUUGUCAUGCCGUGCAACUGGUGGAUCGCCCGCAUGCUGGGGAGGAUCUGAGGAGGGCGCGUGCUGUCUGGGAUUUAAACUGUUUGUGUCGACACAGGUGCAACUUCUCCUUUUGAUAAAUAUUCCAGACCACGUUGUGAGACCAAAGCAGUCCAUUGCACACAAUUAUUAUCCAAUCUUAAAGUUGGCCCACAGAGUAUUAGCCAGUUUAAACAGUCUAAAUGGCAUUUGAGGCGUUUUGAUUCUUUCUUAAAAGGCAUUGCUCGUUUACAGCUGUCUAAUUUUCUCUGCUUAUCUACCCAUUUAGUGUCUUUGCUGUUUGAUCCUGUUGAAUAGGUGCAAUUUAGUCUGGAAGAUGUCACCAAAAACUAAUCUGCUUAAAAAAAACAACUUCAGCACUGCCUGUCCAUACAUUUUUCACCUCAUAGAUUUAAAAGACUUGUUCAACUUACACUAUAAUGUAUGAAAAUGUACAUGCAGUAUAACAAUAUGUGCAGCAGUCUGAGUGGUGCUAUCACAUUUAGUCAAUGAACUACUUGUAUUUGUCUCAGUUGUUUGUGAUCAGUUAUUUUAUGUUUGAUUAAAGAGUUGUGCACAGCUCAA